GUGGUAACUUAUUCAACUCUCUCUGUUGUCUGGAACAAACCCCCAGCAUAUACGGACGGAUACGAACUACAAUGGAAUUGUGAAAGCCCAAAUAUUGGCACAAGUAUGAAAAAAGAUCAUACUCAAAAUGUCAAGUUGUUAUCAGCUACUGUUUCCAAUCUUGAUCCAGGAACGUUUUGCAAUCUUACGAUUACGGCAUAUAUAAUUAACUAUGACAACGCUUUUCUCCAAGCAAUGGAUGUUUUCAAAGUUAUUUCAAACAGCACAUUGGAAGAAGCUCCGGGAAUCCCAGAGUCGAUAGAAAACACCGAUUUGACAUCAAGAACAAGCACAAUUGAGUUGCAAGAGCCCAAUAAAAGAAAUGGUAUUCUUCGAAGAUAUGAUAUUUGGGUCCUUAACAAUGAAACAGAGACAUGUGAACAAUUGAUUACGUACAAGUGUAAGGACUGUGACGGAUCUCCGCCAAAUGCUUCAAAUUUGGUUCCAGACACGUGUAACAAAUCACAUUCUGAAAUGUUCUCUAAAACAGACGCGACUUUGUCUUGGAAUAUCCAACAGCUUCACCCAUUCCGAGAUUACACAGCGAAUGUUGUUGUUUACACGACUAAACCAGGAAGUGUUUCGACAAUUAUGUUUGAGACACGUGAAGACGUUCCCGGUCAGCCAGUGGAACUCAAUGCAAGCAUGACCAACGACUCGCUCACUCUUCAAUGGAGUCCUCCCAUAGAACGCAAUGGCAUUGUGCUUAAUUACACUAUUAAGGUUGCUUACUAUGAACAAGUUUGCGGAGGUUUCGGCCCUCUGCAAAGGCAUAGUUAUGGUGUCGAAUUAGAUCCGGUAACAAAGUUCACUCAGAACGGGCUGCAUGCAUAUUGGCAAUACAAUCUAACAGUAGAAGCAACUAAUGCAAUUGCCACAGGAAAACCGUCUGAUUUAAUAUCAGUUAGGACAAAGGAGACAAACCCUGGAUCAGUGCAACACCUUAAUUACCGAGAUGUGUUUUCAAAAAGUGUUGGCGUGUCCUGGACAAAGCCUUGUUUUGCAAACGGAAUACUUACAGGAUAUUUAGUUACAAUAACAAAAUUGUUAUCAGAAGGACAAGAAGAAAGUUCGUAUACUAAAGAAUACAAAAUAGAUGUAGCCAACGAGUCAACGUCCAUAUCUCCAUUGUUUCCAUACAGAAACUACAAGGUUGAAGUGUAUGCUUGGAAUAGCGCAGGUGAUGGCGAAAUGUCGAAUGUUUCGUUCCGGACAAAAAUUGACUAUCCAGAGAAACCAAUCAAAGUUUCCACAAAAAAUAAAACCUCGUCAUCUCUUCUGAUUGAAUGGGAAAAGGCCGACCAUUUUAAUGGUCCAACUAAGUACAAAGUACAUAUAAACGAUUCAGUUAAUGGUUCCAUCAUAAUUCAGUCGUGCACAACUAGUGUUGGUUAUUGGACAGACACGCUGGCAACCGAAUGCAAUGUGCCUGGUCUUGACGCUUACUGGGAAUACGACAUCGUCGUUGAAGCAAUUACGUUUGAGGAAGGUCAUGAUGAAUUAAUAGAAAGCUCAGAAAAGAAAACAUUUCGAACUGCAGAGGCCGUUCCUGGACCAGUGGCGCAGUUCGAUGUUACACCGGAAGAGAACGUGUUGAAGGAACGGAACUUUCAUAUUGACUGGAAAAUGCCUGCUGAGCGGGAAUUAAACGGCGUCCUUACAGGAUUUGUAAUUCACUAUCAAAGUGAAAAGAUUGAGGUACAUGUUGAUCCAAACACAACAAGCAAGACGGUAUACUACAAUGUAAUUGGUAGCUACAAUGUGUCGAUACAAGCUAGUACAAGUGUAGGCUACGGUGCAGCUGUCCAUAAAGAGAUUACUGUGAACCCUGGAGCUCCGAUAAAAGUUGACGAAAGCAAGGAACUAUUGAUGCAAAUUGCAUCGAUGUCUGUUGACAAUAACAAGAAGCAGAUAACAGUAAUUCUUCCACUCGCACAGUUUCUCUGCAAUAACAGUAACGGACCAUCAACCAAGUGGGGCAUUGUAGUUGCAGAAGCAGAUGAGGCAGCUACAGAUACAGCGUUUGCUGGUUCAAGAGACGACUUUCAAAAGAAGAUCGAUGACGAAUACAAGAACUGGUUUCAAGUAUACGGCUUAAACAGUAUUCCGCCAUAUAUUGUCACAAAGCCGAAUUGGAAGCCAUCUUGCACAAACGAUUCGAACAUAUUUGUCAUUGGAAAUGACGUAUGCAAUGGUUCUUUUACUACAAAGGAAUAUUGCAAUGGACCUUUACCAGUCGGACCCAUUUUCAAAGUAAAAUCCUUUGUUUGUACGGACUACGGCUGCAGUGAAUCCUUUUACUCAAAACCGCUAGAAACAGGUGAAUCGACUAAUAUGACGGGGGCACUUGUGGGCGGAGCGGUGUCAGCGGUUAUUGAGCUGGUGAUUGUAUUGGUGAUAUUCUUUGUGAGAAAGAGAAACGCAGCCUGUUUCAAAAAGGAAACAGAGAACAUAACACAUACUUCCAGUGACCGAUUCGUUGGAAUGAGGACAAUGCACACGAAGGAACAAACUGAAGCUGUUUACUUACAAGGUCCGGUAAAACUGACUGAGUUUCGAGCCUUUGUUGAAGAAAUGCACAAGUACAGUGAUCUUCUCUUUGCUGAUGCUUACAAGAAUAUUAAGGAACCGAGCCCUAAACACCCUUGUACAGUUGCUAAAUCUCGGAACUGCCGAGCGAAAAAUCGAUACACAAACAGUAUUCCAUACGACCACUCGCGAGUAAAACUUCGAGCGUCAGACAAUGUUGGGGGAUCUGACUAUAUAAAUGCCAAUUACAUUCCGGGCUACACAUCCCCACGCGAGUAUAUUGCCACCCAGGGUCCGAUGCAGGCGACCUUCGACGAUUUCUGGCAAAUGGUGUGGGAGCAAAAUGUGGACACGAUUGUUAUGCUGACGAAGCUUGUGGAAAACGGAAGAAUCAAGUGUGGCAAGUACUGGCCGGAUGUGAACAAGCCGGUGUAUUACGGGGACCUGCUUGUCUCAGUGGUGUCAGAGUCCAACCUCUCCGACUACAUGCUCAGAAUCUUCGAAAUCAAAUUAAACGGGGAACGGCGUUCUGUCUGUCAGUUUGCUUAUCUGAAGUGGCCAGAUAUGGGCUGCCCUGAGUUUCCGGAAAUGCUCCUGGAGUUUGUGGAGGCGGUGAAAGAUCACAAUAAGCGUCAACGUGGCACAAGGCACAGGGGGCCAAUGGUUGUGCACUGCAGCGCUGGUGUAGGUCGGACGGGGACGUUUAUCGUUGUGGACCACCUACUGCAGCACAUACGUCACCAUGACGACAUAGACGUAUACAAACUCGUGCUUGAUAUGAAGAACCAUCGUUGCAACAUGGUCCAAACUAAGGACCAGUUCAUCUUUAUCCACGAGUGUCUGAAUGCUUGUAUAACCUCGGAUAGAAAUUAUGAAGAUGCGGAUGAACAUAUGUACGAACAACUCACGAAUAUCGGGAGGCGAUAUCUACGAUAUUAGAUGUCAUGAUUAGAAAACUGGGCAACACCAAUGAUAGCAUCUUGGAAUUUUAACAUGUAUAAAUCAUACACUUUUCAUUCUACGGCGACAUGUCUGUUUACAGUUUCAUAUAUAUCGACAUUUAAAACUCAUCUUGUAUAACCAGAAAGUUAUGGAUGCAAAAUUCUCCUAAAUGUGUCAGGCAUUAUUAAACAGUCUUAUACUUCCUUCGUUCAAUGACAUUUAUCUGAUAUAAACACUUUUUCUGAUAUGAUUGUCAUGUUCAUUUUUUUUCUAACUAUUUACUUACUUUUGUGUUCAUUCUUUUUGUAUGUAAAUUGUGUGAUUUUCUGUAAGGAUCUGAGUUAAAUUCAAUGACGCUGUCUACACCUUGCUUAUGUAAGGAUAGAGACAAAUCAACAAGCAUACAAGACGCUUUUUGAUACGAGAGGCCAAUUUAGUUGCACCAAAUGUAAUCAACAAGAAGUGUGAACGCGUCUAUGUAUGGUUUGUCGUAUACGCAAGCAAUGUCAAGCGGAAAUAUAGUAAUUCA